CAUUUGUCAAAGCUUUUCACGAUGCCGAGAGGGAACUUCUACGUGCAUCGCACUUUUCAAGAUUUAUCGUCUGGAAUUUCUUUUAAUUAAUGAUCGCUGUCUCAGUAGUUUUCCAUGAGUUAAAUUUUUAAAGAUAGCGCGUCUUAAUACGAUCUCUCCACCAUGUCUGAAUCGACCUCAGCUGCCGUAACGACAAUAUCAUUUAUUUUAGUCGUUACAAAUGUGAUAGGAAACUCACUUGUUUGCUGGAUCAUAAAAAAGAACCGAAAUAUGAGAAUAUCCUUGAAUUAUCUACUUGUCAACCUGGCUGUAGCAGACAUCUUGUACGCGGUGUUCAUAGCACCAAAAGUUCUUGUCAAAUUGACUGUCUCCCACCCUGACGGGCUGACAGGGAUAUUCCUGUGCAAAUUGGUGACAGGUGGAAAUCUUGCGUGGGUUGGAAGCGCUUCCUCGAUUGUUACCCUGGUUGCCAUCUCGGUUGAGCGAUAUUAUUCGGUCAUGUAUCUAUUUAACAAAAAAGGAAAACUCACCAGGCGUAGACUUAAGGUGAUCAUUGCUAUUUCGUGGAUAUUCUCUUCAAUCUUCAAUUUGCCGGUGUUCUUGGUCAGGUCCUUUGAUGAUAAAAGCCAACAGUGCCUUCUAAGCUAUCCGGAGGAGUGGAUUAUUAAGGCUCGGGAAACGGCUUGGCUCGUCUUGACAGUUGUUCCCUUAUUGAUAAUGAUUGGCCUAUACUACAGAGUCGUGCACCUUUUGUGGUUCAAAAAUUGUGGUGGGGACAGUCAGUUCAGCAGCAAACAAAAGGGUGUGCUGAGAGUACGAAAACGAGUGACUCUAACUGUGAUAACCGUCAGUGUCAUCUUUGGAAUCUGCUGGGGGACGAGUUCAUUUAUCUAUUUUAUGAUUAACGUGAUAUCCUGCGACUUUGGAGCAAUCGUUGUAACAGUUGCAGACAUUUUGAUUCUUUUCAAUUCCACUGUCAAUCCGUUUGUGUAUGCGUUGUUAAAUCACCAAUUCAGAGAAAAAAUGAGAGGGACAACAUGCUGCUCUCGUUCCUCGCCAUUCAGAAUCCAUCAUAUAAGGAACCCACCGAGCAAAGAGUUAGCGGAUGAUAGUGUCGCUCACUUGUCGCAGACCGGAAGAAUAAGAAAAAGCGUUCCAGUAAAUGCUGUUUAUUCUAGAACUUAGUGAAUUUCAACUUGUAUAACAGCAUUAAAUGGAUUCAACAAACAAAGCUGGCAAUUGUAGAUUAGCUGAAUAUUUAGACGGUGUACGGGGCAAACUCUUCCCCAGAAAUGACUGCGAUCCCUUCAGCCGGCGCCACAUAUCUAGUAAGCGAUGUAAGAAACUGGCUGAUAAAAACAAAUGCCAAGAAAAAUGGAGACGAAUGAAAAGACACAUAGCGUGUUAAUCCAUCUGUUUAAAAUCCAUUUAGUUAUUUCUAUCCUCAUCCUUCCCACUACUGAGAAAAUAUGGCAACGACCUUAGCAAAAAAAUGAAAAUGUUUCAUAGUUAGGUUUAUUUGAAGGAUUGUUUAAAUUGCCUUAAAAUCCACUAU